GACGUGGCGGCUCGGGCCCGGGCGGCGUCGCCGAGGCUCUUCUCCGGACUAGGCUUCGCAGCGUGGGCCCCGAGGCACCGCGGUCCUCGCCGCCGCCGCCAUGAUCUCCCUCACGGAUACGCAGAAAAUUGGCAUGGGCUUAACAGGAUUUGGAGUGUUUUUCCUGUUCUUUGGAAUGAUUCUCUUUUUUGACAAAGCACUACUGGCUAUUGGAAAUGUUCUGUUUGUGGCUGGGUUGGCUUUUGUAAUUGGUCUAGAAAGAACAUUCAGAUUCUUCUUCCAGAAGCACAAAGUGAAAGCCACUGGAUUUUUCCUGGGUGGUGUGUUCGUGGUCCUUAUUGGUUGGCCUUUGAUAGGCAUGAUCUUCGAAAUUUAUGGAUUCUUUCUCUUGUUCAGGGGCUUCUUUCCAGUGGUUGUUGGCUUUAUCAGAAGAGUGCCUGUCCUUGGAUCCCUCCUAAAUCUACCUGGAAUCAGAUCAACCACGUAGGCCCAGAAGAGAUGCACAGGAAUGUUCGUAGACAAAGUUGGAGAAAGCAACAAUAUGGUAUAACAACAAGGGAACUGAAGAACUUAAAUACUGUAUUAUUUAUAAAGCCCUUUUGAAGAAUAUUCAGCACAAAAUUAAAUUUCACGAACUAGCGUAUAAAGUUCCUUACAGAAGUUUAAAAUGUACGCCCUCCAAAGUCCCAACAGCUGUGGCAGAAGCAGCGGCAGGCUUGUGAGGCCUGAGGUCCGAAGAUGGAGAGGAUGAAGCCUAUUCCGAUGCUUAGUGACUUGAGAAGGCUGUUUCUUAGUCUUGCUGCAAUAUGUGAAACAGCCGUUUGUAGAGAACCAUGGUGUCUGUUACUUUUUUUUUUUUUUUAGAAGAUUCAGGAACACCAAUAGGCAUUUGAUAUUUUUAUGAUGUCCAUUGUGGUAGCCCAGAUAUAUCUAAGUAUGCUGGGUUUCUAAUAAUGAUGCCUGGAUUGGAUUAUGUCAUCUCCAUAUAUUGGCCCAAGGAAGCCCGGUUCAUGUGUGAAUCACUCCCUUUUUUUUUCCCUUUUGCUUUUUUUGUUUUUGUAAACAUGGAUAAAAUAAAACUUUUGUGGUCCUUUUGAAUCUUAAUAUUUUUGGAGCCAGAUAAAAUUCUGAAUUAGUCAUUUUUGAAAUACACAGAGGUCAUUCUGAGCUGUUACAGCCUCAGUCAUAGCUGACCAGGUUCUUUCUUGACUCUACAACAGUCAGGAAGUGCAGAUCUCUCGAGUGUGGCCUGGGUAUGUUCAUACACUGCCACGCAGAAGCCGGGCAGAGAGCACUCUGACCACGGAGUAGCCUGUUAAAGAGUCUGUUGGAGUCAGUUUGGGAUCCUACACCAUACACACCACAUGAGUUCUCCCGUGUCAUGAUGGAGUUUUUCUUGUUGGGUUCUUAAUGAAAUCUGGCCAUAGUUUCCCACCUUGUUUUCAUAACUUACAGUGACAUUGAAGGUGUGCAACAUGUUAAAGGCUUGUUCUGUGACUGAGAGAAGGGCUGAUUAUUUAAUCUUGAUUUUUCCUCUUAUUUUCAGCUUUAUUGCAAUAUCCAAAAAUUAGCAUGUACCAUAUCUGCUUCCCUCGCUGUUGUCCACAUGAGUUAGGAAGGAAGGCGCCCCCGUUGACAUGUAAAGUUUUUCGUUCUAACUAAACUGGCCAUAGCUUCUUAUAAACAAGAUGCUGGGGAAACAUGCCCUUCCGUCUUCUGUUGCUGGUUUGCCCACAGGAACAGUGAUGCUUUCCUUCCUCGCCCGAGGUACUCGCUUUCCUGUUGGACAUGGGAGCACUUCGUCAGACACAGUGCUAUUUAUCUUACCACUAAUGAUUGCACUAUUUAUUUUUAACAGUCUCGAGGCUUUUUAAUGCAUAUAAUCAUAAUUGAAAUUGUAUUUAUUUACAAGCCACUUCUAUAAGACAUUACAACACUGUUUUUAGCUAAAUCUCUCAGUGCCAGGAGAAUCCCCAGCCUUGCCUGUCUACAGAAGGAAGGACUGGUUCGUAGUGGGAUGGUUCGUUCUUGUGGGUUACUGUCGUGUUUGGUACUUGCAUCUGACUUUAUGGUGUAACCUGUGAAAACUCGAUAAGUGGAGAAUCCUACCUCAAUAGCUCAUGGGAUAAUAAAAGACCUGGCGUUGUGUCUGAUGUUCCUCAAAAAGUCUCACCUUUCCUGAAGUGUCAUGCUAUGCUUUGAGAACUGACCUGUGUAAGGUGCCCUGUAGAUUUAUAAUAGGCUUUGGCCUAUAUGAUUGACAGUGGCGAGGUAUCACUCCUGUUAGAAUAAGAGGCUGCCAUUCUACUCCUUUGUAGACAUGACCCUAUCAAAGUGUUUUUUACACUACAGCAAACAUCCCCUUUCUGCAGUCUGAUUUCAGAAAACACUGGACCUUAGAAGACAUGAGAGGCUCCUAGUCCUUAGGAAGGUAGAGGGCUGAGGCAGCUUUCCGUUUAGGGUGAGACCAGUCUGCAGUGAACCUGAACUGCUUGGCCUCAUUGCUUUUCUCAGAACCUUGAGGCUCUGCUUUUAAACAAAGAGCCCUCAGACUUCUAGAAGCUCUAUUAUGGGUUCCCUCAAUCCUACCCCCUUCUAAAAGGAGCCUUCUGUCUUUAACAAAAAGCAAACAAAUACUUUGAUUAUUCCCCCCAGAUGGAGGACAAGGUCCAGUACUUAGCCUUAAGUGUUUCUGUCAUGUUCACAUGUAUCUUCUGUAACAGAAACAUACUUGCAGUGUUUCUUUUCCCUUAUAAUUCUCUGGAAUUCAGCUGCUUUAGAAGUCUCAUGGUCAAAUUAUAUACUCUUAACAAUGGCAUAUUGUAAAUACACUUGUCUUACCUCAAUAAAAGGGUACUUUUCUAUUCA